UAAGCCUCGUACAUCAUGGCUGUAUUUCGGGUGGCUGCCGUGGUUACACAGUAAACGCUCGAUGAUGCCAGAUACCUAGGCAAAGGGUCUUCGGCCAAACAGCCGGCCCGUGCCCCGGCCUCUCUGCAUUUCUUACUUAGCAGGGCUGCAACCGCGCGCAGUACCGAAGCUCAAAGCCAACACCACACGCUGCCGCGCAUCCACCCACCAUGUCUGACCGCGAAUUCGGUGGCAACGACGAUCUGUCGCUGCCCAAAGCGACCGUCCAAAAGAUUGUCCAAGACAUCCUGGCCAGCGAGCCUGGCAUGACCUUUGCAAAGGAUUCGCGCGACCUUCUGAUCGAAUGCUGCGUCGAGUUCAUUACUCUCAUCUCCUCCGAGGCCAACGAAAUCGCCGAGAAGGACGCCAAAAAGACGAUAGCCUGCGAACAUGUCAAGGCUGCCCUGGAAGAGCUAGAUUUUGGCGACUAUGUCCCAGCCAUUCUCGAGGUCGCGCAAGACUACAAGAAGCAGCAGCAAAAUCGCGAAAAGAAGCAGACCAAGAUCGAGCAGAGCGGCAUGACCGAAGAGCAACUCAUCGCUGCGCAAGAAGAGCUGUUCAAGAACGCGACGAGCAAGUUCAACGCGCCACCCGCACAGUGAUGUUAUAUCCCAUGGACGACUUGUACGAAUAAUGGCUCGAGUUGCGCGGCGUUAUGUAGGCAUUGCGAAGGCGUGAGGCAGGCGUUUGGCUUAGAUUAGGGACACAUCAAAGGCAUCCAGGGUGCGGGCAGGCACACAUGCACCAUGUUUUCAGCAUAGAUUUAGGCGUUAUCCAAAGGCGAUGAAAGCCCAUGAGGCAGCGACACGAAAUCGAACGUGUCACUACAACCACCACCAUAGUUCAUUUACUCACUUCCACUGCUUUGUGAAUGCGCGCCG